AUGAUUGAUGACGACCGCACGCCACCAAAUCCUUCGACCGAGACAGUGGUUCCUGGUGAAAAGAACUGCUACUUCGCAGGGUUCGUGGGUGCUUUUCCGUCCAUCGCCAGCAACUCCGAAAAGCUGACGCCGCCCGUGAACGGCACGCUGGACAGCUUGGCCCAGAGGAAUGAAGAGUUAAGCAGAUACCUCUACAACGACGUCAAGGUUUGCGCCAAGUGUGGCCGUCCCUGCGGAAAUAACCAGAAGGCUUGUCAGCAAUGCGGGGCCAGCCUCGCGGAUGUCCCUGUGACUCAGACCGAGAACGUGAUGAUGGGGUUCAUUUUUGGGGUGGAGCGCACCCUGAAGCUGCCCUUGAUGAUCUCGAUCAGGAGGCAAUCUGAUACGGUCAUUGUUUUCGAUGAUUUGCUUGCGAUGUCAAGUUGCCACUUGAACGCUCUUCUGACAAGUCACUACUGCCAAGAUUGGCGUUGGCUCCUACGAGACCCUGUCACCGCAUCAGGUCUUUUGAACGAGAUGGUGAAUGAGGCCUGGCAGACGACUUUGUCCUUUUGGGCCAAUGAACGGUGGAGGAAGUUUGUGUACAGAGAAGGAGUCACACUAGAGAUGGUCCGAGAUAACAUCAUUUGUGGCUUCAAUUCACCUCCCUCGCAGUUCCAGUUGCAUUUGCAGUGGAUCGUCCUGCCCUUGAUGCCAUUUCACCAUCAGAAACUUCUAGAUGGACUUCAUGCACAGCAGGGGCGUUGGUUUCCACUCGAAUAUGUCACGAAAAUCCUGGAUGUGCUCGUCAGUGAAGGGCAGACGUACGACGUGCAGGCAAGCACAUCCGUCGACGAGAUCAUUCAGCACUUCAACUCCAAGGGCGUGCACUAUGAGGAAGUCUGGGCCGAGCGCUACCAGACAUACUGCAAGAGUUACGCUCUGAGCAACUGGAAGGUGGAGGACUUCAAAUAUGUGGUCUUCCAGGGACAGGUGCACGAAAUUCAGGAGGCCUUGCCGGACGGCAGGGUGUGUUUGGGCGAAAAGCUCAACAUCAAUCCCGUGAGCCUCCAUCAUGAGGACAAGCUCCUUUUGCAAAACUACGGCCGCCGCAUCGAUCAUGAUUGUCCUGGUGGCACGUACUAUAAACAUCACAAAGCUCUGAAGAUUGGCGAUGGUGGCAUCAGAAUUUGGCCUGGGCUUGAACGUUAA